AUGGACCCCAAUCUCCAAGUAUCAGAAAACCCAGAAUCCAAAUCGUCAGAGGAACAAAAUUCACUUGCCAUUGUGCCUUCCUCAUCACUUCCUCCUUUUGCCACUGCUUCCCUCUCUCUUUCUCUCUCUACAAUCCUCCCCACCCACUUUUUCCAACAACCCAAAGUUUCUACCUUGUUUUCUUCCCAGCCAAACAAGGUCAAGGUGCCCACUCAGGCCUCUUCCUUGGCUCACCUCUCUCUAUCCACGGCCAAUGUAACUCCUCCGAAGCUCUCAUUCAAGUCCACCAUCUCAGCCAACCCUCUGCAAAACCCUCUCUCUUUAGGCCCUCGCCGUCCUCUAGACCCCUCCAAUGGGGCCGCAAUUCGCCGAGCUUCCAUUGUCUGGUUCAGAAACGAUUUGCGUGUCCACGAUAACGAGUGCCUCAACUCGGCCAACAACGAGUCCAUGUCAGUCUUGCCCGUCUAUUGCUUUGACCCGAGAGACUACGGAAAAUCCUCUUCUGGGUUCGAUAAGACCGGUCCAUACCGUGCGUCCUUCUUGGUUGAAUCGGUCUCAGACCUCCGCAAGAAUCUCCAUGCAAGAGGGUCCGAUCUGGUGGUCCGAAUCGGGAAGCCCGAGACGGUUUUGGUGGAGCUGGCCAAGUCAAUCGGCGCCGACGCCAUUUAUGCGCACAGAGAGGUUUCGCACGACGAGGUUAAGGCCGAGGAGAAGAUCGAAGCCGCUAUGAAGGAGGAGAAUGUGGACGUCAAGUACUUCUGGGGAAGCACUCUGUACCAUAUGGAUGAUUUACCAUUUAAGUUGGAGGAAAUGCCCACGAAUUAUGGUGGGUUUAGAGAGAAAGUAAAGGGAUUGGAGGUGAGGAAGACGAUCGAGGCUUUGGAACAAAUGAAGGGCUUGCCCUCUCGUGGUGAUGUGGAGCCUGGGGAUAUUCCUUCCUUAAUGGAUUUGGGUCUUAAUCCAUCUGCUACAAUGUCUCAGGAUGGAAGACCACCUGCCAAUGCUUCCAUGGUGGGAGGGGAAGCUGAAGCCCUAGAGAGGCUCAAAAAGUUUGCAGCUGAGUGCCAAGCACAACCACCCAAGGGUGGCAAAGAUGGAAGCCAUGAUAGCAUAUAUGGUGCAAAUUUUUCAUGCAAGAUCUCUCCAUGGCUGGCCAUGGGAUGCCUCUCUCCCCGCAGUAUGUUUGAUGAGCUAAAGAAAACUGCUGACAGAACCAUUUCUGCUUCCUCAAAGCGGGAUGAUGGUGGCAGUGGAAUGAAUUGGUUGAUGUUUGAGUUGCUGUGGAGGGAUUUCUUCAGAUUUGUCACCAAGAAAUACAGUUCUGCAAAGAAACAGCUUGACGCUGCUCCAGCCACAGCAUGUACGGGUGCCCUUGCUUAG